UCAGGGCUGAGAGUGGAGGGGGUGUGGUCAUCCUCAGUGUCGGCGCUCCGGCUGCGGCGGGAAGAUGUCUGCCCUCUCGGCCUGGUUCUGGAAUGAGCGCUUCUGGUUGCCGCAGAAUGUCACCUGGGCGGACCUGGCGGAUACCGAGGGCGGGGAGCAAUACCCCCGGGCCGGGCACCUCCUCUACGUCUUACCCAUUGCGCUAGGCAUCUUCACCCUUAGGCUGCUAUUCGAGAGUGUCCCGAUGGAAAGCACCUGGAAGGACUGUCAAAGCAGCUGGACUGGGAUGCAAGGAAGAUCCAGAGGUGGUUCAGACAAAGGCGAAAUCAGGAUAAGCCAAGCUUAGUAACGAAAUUUUCAGAGAGCAUGUGGCGGUUUAUAUUUUACUCAUAUAUCUUUUCCUAUGGAGUGUGGUUUCUGUGGUCGACUCCGUGGUUAUGGGAUACACGACAAUGCUGGUACAAUUAUCCAUAUCAGCCUCUCACGUCGCACUUGUACUACUAUUAUAUUCAGGAACUGGCCUUUUACAUGUCUUUAAUGUUCUCCCAGUUUACAGAUAUCAAACGCAAGGAUUUCCUACUUAUGUUCAUUCAUCAUCUGGCCGCAGUGAGCCUCAUCUCAUUUUCCUAUGUCAAUAAUAUGGCGCGAGUGGGGACUCUGGUUAUGUGUUUGCAUGACUCUGCUGAUUCUUUUCUGGAGUCAGCAAAAAUGGCAAACUAUGCAAAGUACCAGAGGUUAUGUGACACUCUGUUUAUAUCGUUUGGGGUGGUGUUUGUCGUCACGCGUAUUUUCAUUUAUCCAACAUGGAUCCUAAACACAACGAUGUUUGAGAGCUGGGAGCUGAUUGGCCCAUACCCGUCGUGGUGGCUUUUUAAUGGUAUCCUUUUAAUACUUCAAGUUCUCCACAUCAUCUGGUCUUGGCUCAUUGUUCGCGUAGCAUACAAAUCACUGACAAAGGGAAAGGUUGGAACUGGAAAGUGUCACCCUUUGCCUGCACUAAAAGAUGAACGCAGCGACAUAGAAAGCAGUUCAGAAGACGAGGACACGACAGUUAAUAGCACCAAAGGAAUACACAACACAUCCAGCAAUGGGGCAAACAGAGUGAACGGCCAUGCAGCAAACGGUCAGUGGGCCGACGAAUAAAUGUGUGAGAUGUCCAGCGACUUGGUAAUGUCACCUUUUUAAAAAAAAAAGACUUCAUAAGACUUGGCCUAAGUCCUUUCUCACGUAAACCUGUCCUGAACUGAGCCACCCCUGGAGGGUGAAGCACGCCCUGCAUCAGACAACAGCUGGAUACAAUCCUAGCCAUUACUUGACAGUUUGCUAUGCUGGAUCAGGAUUGCCAUGCACUGGCUGCCCUAUACUGUUUGACCUGAUAGAUCUGCACCUUUCAUAAACUGUGUGCUGAAUUCCCUCCACUCCAUUCUAUCACUUUUCAAGAGAGACUGCUGUUUGCACAGGCUAUGGUGAGGAUUGCGCUUCUUGGACCAAUACAGCCCUUUGGUUCGGAGAUAGCCGAACAUUGGGCCUUUUUGAAAGAAGACGAGAUUUGGCCCGGAGCUUUCAUGCAGUUGUGCUAGGUACAACGGGUGGCUACCCUAACGCAAGCUGUGUGUGGAAUCUCUAAAGUUUGCGCCUUAAUGUCAUAUUUUAUAUUAUUAUUUACUUCAGUCUGUGAAGAAAAGGUAAAUGAGAAAAAUAAAAAAAAAAUUAAAAAACUCCUCUAA